AUGCUGCCAAAGCAAGAUGAACUACCAUCAUAUGGAAUAUAUGGAAUAGUGAUGGAUGAAGAUGCCGCGACAAAAGCAGAACUUGAAGUCAAUUUAAAUAGAAUCAAUGAAAUCCAUGCUCAAAUGCGAGUUUUUCAUGCGAUCUCUGCAAUAUUCACAGAACUUGAGCAAAAGAUUCGUAGGUUAGAAGAAGGCAAAAGAGGUGGAAGAAGGGUGAAGAAGUGGAAGGUGAAGGAGCUGAAUGAUGAUGUUGAGGUUGAUGUUGAUGUAGUUACGGAGGAACCAUAA